AUGAACCACCUCCACCACCAGGGCCCUGUGCCACCCGAUGCCAGGCUUAAAAGAAAACGAGCGGAUUCCAUUGACAUCAACGAGGCAAACAGGCAUCCGCGGUAUGAUGAGCUCAGUCUCUACACCCCGAGCAACUCGAAAUUGAGGACACUCCCAACCGAUAGCCCACGAGAACUGAUAUGCCUCUGCACCAAGGCGCCUAAAGUCCCAAGACCUCGCAACGCAUUCAUCCUUUAUCGACAGCAUUACCAGGCCCAAGUGGCCGCCCAGAAUCCAGGACUCGCCAACCCGGAGAUCUCCAAGCUCAUCGGCGAACAGUGGCGAGAGCAGCCCGAGGAGAUGAAAAACAGCUGGAAGAGACUGGCCGAAGAGGAGAAACUCAGACACCAACGCCAAUAUCCCGAUUAUAGAUACCAGCCCCGACGUGGCGGGAAGGGAGCCCCAGGCAAACCGACGUCGACCAACGGAGACGACCCCGGUCAUUGUCCCAAGUGUGGUGGAAGAUCAAUUGCAACACCUCGAACGCCCUCGACACCUUUCAUGGCUGCGUCACCUUCGUCUUCGAAACUGAGUAUGCCUUCAUACAUGAAUGCCAAUUCGCGUGUCAUCGAGCCGGACCACAUGCGCCGUGGCUCGACGGCCAGCAUGAUGUCGGCAGACAGCCAUGGCCGCAGAUAUACACAGCCUCAUCUUCGAGGCUUCGAUGAAGAGUCUGGCAUGUCGCCCACAGCAAUACACGAUGCCAAAUGUCGGCGUUUUAACGGCGCCAACGGCUACAUGCCCGGCUCGCCGCAAAUGGGAUAUCUCCCUUACCAUAUUCAAGGCAGCGACCCUCGAUUACAACGGCCAUCCAUAAGCGGACCUCACGUUUCGACUAGUCCUUUGCCCAGACCAGGAAUGCAGCAGUUCCGCCAACGUACCGCUUCGGGAAUGCAACCUCCACCCCCUCCCCCACCCCAUCCCCAUCCUCAGUCCCAGCCCCAGCAUCGGCCGUCUGUUUCAGAAUCGCUUCGUCUACCACCGCUGCAAACGCAGAUGCCCAACUCACCCACCGCGAAUUCAGAGGCUAGCAACAGCCAGGCGCCAGCAGCUCCUCCUCCAAAUACGACAUAUGCGGGCACAGGUUUGGGCAUCACGAAUGCCAGUGCUGGACCGCCCGUCUUCAGACAACAGAUAUGUCAAAGAUACCCGCAAUUCAUGUAUAAGCUUGACAUGCUGCGUGCCAUCCACAGAGACCCUCCUAAGCCCUCUAGUCCUAGUGCUGAAGUAUUUGAGGCCCGAGGAAUCAUCAUCGCAGUCGAAGGCGUCAAUCCUGCCGUCUUGAAAGAGGUUACUGCCGUGGUUGAGAAGGCACUGUCCAUCUCGGGAGAAUGCGCUGUGAAGAUCUGGUCCGAGGAUGACCAACCGACCGUCAUUGAAGCGGAGGACGACGAGACCAGUAACGCACCCACAAAUGGAAAUGCCACGAAGAAGCCAACAGACAAGUUAGCCAGUCCACUGGCCAACUACGUGGCCAAGAUGGUGAAUUGGCACCGCACAUCCGAAGACCUGAUCAACUACAUUACCCACCACCCUGCUUCUCCUAAUUCCCCGAAGAACAGCAGUGACAGCAGCAGUAAAGAGCCCAGCGCAGAUCAGGACCUAAAUCUAAGCCAAGUCCUUCCUUUCCCACUUCACAUCAACAACAACCCCCAACAAAUACAAAAACAAAAACAACUGCCCGUGGCGGUGCUCUCAACGGGCUACAGUCUAAGCAUCAGCGACAAGUACGCGGCGGCGGUGCCUAUUAAUGACACGUACAGCCGUGAGGACCACUGGCGGUGGGUGGCGACACUGUGGCGGGGCAUUGUGGGUGCGGACCUGACCAUCUACGUCACGAAGGCGAGCGAGGACGAGAUCAUGGACAAUAACUGCGUUGAGUUUGCUAACCGGCACGUCGUCAUCCUGCGGCUUGUUGAGGGACGCGGGGUUGACGAGAAGCUUGAGCGGAGGUUGGGGUUUGAGAUUAUGGAGUGGAUGAGGAGUGGGAGUUUGAACAAAAGGUUGGGGGAUGGGAAGAAGAGUGAUUGCUGGUUGAUGUGA